AGUCGCAUCCGAGCUCCGAUCCCUCCCCUCUCAUUUCUCUCUCUCCGCCUGGAAAGAUGGCUGCUCCGGCGGUGGUGAGAAGCUCCGGCCCGCCGCUUUGCCCGAGCUUCGCGGAGGUAUGUUCGUUUCUGGAACGAUACGGAGCAGCGCUGGACCUCCCCGAGAUGACUUUCCCGCUGAUGGAGAAGUAUCUGCGCGACACGACAGCAGUUCCAACGCCUUUGGUGGAGCUUCAUGUGAAGCUGCUGAGAAAACUGGGGAGGUCUGUAACCACUGACCGCUGGGAAAAAUACCUGGCUAAGGUUUGCCAGGAGCUGAACAGCACAUGGGCCUGGGAGUUGGAACAGAAGGGUUACCAGGAGAUGUCAAUGGAGUGCAAGUCAUGUAUACUGAAGUAUCUGUGUGAGUGUCAGUUUGAUGACAAUCUGAAGUUCAAGAUGGCAGUCAACGAGGAGGACCCCGAGAAGAUGCGGAUGCAGCCUAUCGGCCGGGACCAGCAGGGCUUGAUGUACUGGCUCCAGCUGGACCAGGAACAGAACAUCCGGCUUUAUACAGAGGAGCAGGAUGAUCUGGAUGGAUCCACAUGGAAGUGCAUCGUCCGGACACGUAAUGACUUAGCAGAGGCCCUGGAACUGCUUAAGGCACAGAUUGAAUCUGAUCAAUGUCAGGAUCCGGAACAGAACCAGAAUCAGGCUGGAUCCCAAAGCACCAGUCCUGCAGAGAAGGAUACAGCAAAUGAAGACGGUGAAGUCAAGAAUGCCAAGCUCCCCAUACCUUCAGUGGAACAAAAUGACAACAAGAAGGCUGACAUUUUAAUGGAAAAGAAUCCAAUCAAAGAAGUAAUAAAAGAGGAGGAGAUAAAGAAGGAAAACCCUGAAAUCAAGACGGAGGGGGAAAUGAAUCGUAAACUGGAUGCUUUUGAUAACCGCGUGAGCACGAUCACCGCCGUUAAGUCGGAACACCGAGGUACUGAUGGACCCAAGAACGCCGUGUCUGUACUCAUGUCACCCAGCGUGAGUUUAAUAAAGAUGAACAAGGAAGACGAGGCAGAGAGGGCCGCUGUCAGGUGCAACCAGCAGGCCAAGAUACCUCUGAAGAAGAGGGAUCUUAAGCUCGCUGGCUGCUUCCAAACCAACCACCUUAACAACACUAACAGCAGCAGUAUCAUCGUCUGCAAUCCCUCAGUGAUCAACAGUAAAGACUCUCAGGGAAGAGAGGGGAAGUCGCUGAACUCUUUAGCAGCACAAGGAGAUCCAGGAUCUUCUCAGCAGCAGCCGGUUGUCAUUGCAUCAAGGCAGGAAAUGACCAAUGGUAGAGCUUCUCAUCUGCCAACCAAAGACAGUCAUAAUGGGGUCAUUGGCCAGGUCGGAGUUGUCGGUCAUGUUGGAGUCAUCCGCAGCCCGUCUGAACUUCACAGACCUUCUGGUGCUGAGCACCUGGAGGAAAACGGGCCAAAGUCGGAACUCUGUAGCUCGAAGGCUGCAAAUGAAGGUAAGGAAGUGAGCAGGCAGUCGGUGCUGGUUAGAAAAGCUCAGCCUGAUCAGGAGACAGCACCAGCCGCCUCAACUCUCCCUCCUCGUGCAAUUUCACCCUUCAAAUCCUUGAAACCCCACGUUUUAGGGGGAAAAGGGGAUUCUCUUGGUUUCUCCCCUCUGAACACACUGGAAACCAGUGGUGGGGAAGACCAGAGCACCAAAACAGAAAAGACUGACAAGGGCAAGACCACUGAUCAUAAAAGCAGUGAACUGGAGGAGGGCGAUGCAGAGGAGAGCAGAAAAGACACACAAUGUGCAGCUAGAGAGGAACCUGGAAUAAACUCAGGAACAUCAGGGAAAGCAGACUCUGACUCAAGUGGCAUCAUCUCAACUCAAAAAACAGACAAUCUGAAUAAAAAUGACAGAAAGGGACAAGGGGUCAAUGGGGGGCUGGUCAGCGUGGUUAAGCUGAAGAAGAUUGGAUUUGUAUCAGAACAGAAAAAGGGGGUUCCUCUGGAGGAAGCCUCCUCUGAACUCCAGAAAGAAGGAAUCAGGCUAAAGAUCAAGAUCCCACCCCACCGGAGAAACAAGUUACGGAGGAAAGAAGGAAAGGAGGAGAUAAAAACCAGGGAACAGGAGGUGCAGAAGGAAGAGAGGAUGCUACGGAGAUCUGCAAGGAUCUGCAGAUCAUCUGCUUUGCCAAACUGCAGGCCAAGCUCGAAGGUGGCAGAGAGCCAGAGAAAAAAACAGCAAAAAAAACAGACACCACCUGUCAGAACAACGGAGGAAGAGGAGGCGGACGAGGAUGAAGAUGAGGAGGAGGAUGAAGACCCUCCUUCUUCAAAGAACCAAAAACAAGAACCUGCUGGAAAAUUUAGCAAGCGCAAGGGUAAACGAAGGCAUGGCCGACCCCGAUGGACCAACGUUCGCCCUAAGAGACACAAACAAAGUGAGGAGGGGGAGGUUGGUGACAGGGGGAAGAAACGAGGAGAGGAGGAGAAAGGAGAAAGUGCCUCAGAGGAGGAAUUCUCUAAAUCCGAGGAGUUUCCCGCUGAGGAUGCCUGCUUUCACUGCGGCCUGCCUAAUCACCCUGAACUGAUCCUGCUUUGUGACUUGUGUGAUAGAGGAUACCAUACUGCCUGCCUGCGGCCGCCGCUCAUGCUGAUCCCGGAUGGGGAAUGGUUCUGUCCACCCUGCCAACAUAAGAUGCUGUGUGAGAAACUAGAGGAGCAGCUUCAGAACCUGGACAGCGCUCUGAAGAAAAAAGAACGGGCAGAGAGGAGGAGGGAACGGCUGGUGUAUGUGGGGAUCAGUGUGGAGAACAUCAUUCCUGAGGGAGAUGGGGAGGAGGGGGAGGAGGAGAAAUCUGCCAAGAAAAAAGAUCCUAAAAAGACCAAAAAUCUGGGGAGGAGAUCAACCAGAACCAGAAAACACAUCAGCUACAGGUUUGAUGACUUUGAUGAUGCCAUCGACGAGGCUAUAGAAGAGGACAUCAGGGACCUCUGUAGCGGGGCAGAAACGGGCAAAGAGCAGCCCUCCGUUUUAUCAGGGGUCGUCAAGGAGAACCAGCGGCCCGUCAGAACCCUGACCCGGGCUGCCAGAAAUAAGAAGAAACGAAAACUGAAUGACCUGGAGAGCGACAGCACGGCAGUAGAGAGCGAAGAAGAAUUUAUGCUCAGUAACAGCUCGGAGGAAGAAGAAUUUGUUGCUUCAGGUGCCGAUGAUGGUGAGGAGGAUGAGGAGGAAGCAGGCAGCGAUGGCGGGAGCUUGGACAGAGGAACACGUCCUAAACGGGGUUUGAGAGGGGCACCUAAACACAAACCCAGGAGAACCCAGAGACGGGGCAGAAAGCGGCGGCGGAGACGGUCCAGUGAAGAGGAAGAGGAGGAGAGCGAUAUAGAUAUUGAUUCUGAUCGGUUUAGCGACAUGACGGACAGUGACGCAGACAACAAGAGGAGGGGCCUGAGGCGGGGCCAGCGGCAGCAGGUCAACUACCGGGAAACAUCGGAGUCGUCGGACAACUCAAGGACCUCCACCAAAAGGGAGCAGGUGAAACGGCGAGGCAGACCGCCCAAGGAGCGUUUCUCAAGCGACUACAGCGACGUGUCGGGUUCCUCAAAAUACUCUGAGGAGGAGGAUGAUUAUGAUGAUGAGGAGGAAGAUGGUCAGAGGAGAGUGGACAGGAGGAGAAGGAGAGGAGUGGAGGAGGAGCUUCGGAGCAGCAGGACUAAAGAGAAGCGGAAAAGAUUUGAGGAUGAAGAGCGGGAAGCAGGAAGGAGGAGGCUAAAGAGGAGGCAACUGGGGAAGGGGGGCGACAAUGACGACGACGGAAGGAGGGCAUCUGCCAGGACGGACAGAGAUGAAGAGGAUCCGGAGAGGAUGGGCAGGGGCAAGAGGAGAGAGAUGCUGUCGCAGCAGCGGCGCAAACGGCUCGCUCUCAUGCUCAAGAAGCGGAGGCCGUCGACUGACGAGGAGGACGAGGGACAGUCAGAGUCCGACUCGGAAGAUUCACAGUCCUCAUCAGGAGAUGAUCGCCCGAUCCGUAAAAGACUCAACCGCAUCGACUCGGAUGACGAGGAAGAGGAGAAUCUCAUCGAUUCGGAUGACGAAGCAGAGCGGGAUGAAGGACAAAAGACGAUGACUAGAAAGUCCUCGGUGGGGGGGCAGAGAGCUGACGACAGAAACGAGGGCGGUUCUCAGGAAAAGGGGACGGGCCGUAGCCUGUCCCCAUCAAACAGACAUCAGACCUCCAGAGACCCUCCAAAGCCUGGGACUGGAAGCCCAGCUGUGGGCAGAGACGCUGCAGCCUCAGGCCGAUCAGAAAGGCACAAUGGCCCCAAGCAUCCAGCCCCAGAUGAGGAGGAGGAGGAGGAAGGCCAGUCAGACUCAUUAAACUCUGUCCAGAGCAGCCCGCGGUCAUGAUGGCCGUGCUGGUGUAAAUAAAGGUCACCUGUUUUUGUUUGGUUCUGUGACAUCCAGAGAUCCGCUCUGAAACCGGGUCCAUCUCUCACACCAUCCGUCUCACUGUUACUCUGUGGUAGAACGCUACAUCCCAGCAGACGGACGGAACACAAACGCCCAAAAUCGUCGGACCAAAAGCCUCCCGACGGCUUGUCAAAGAAACCUUCUCAGACUCUGUCCUCUGAGGCACAGACCCCAUUGGAUCCAAGUAACAUGGAAGCAGCCGGAUCCUUCCACCGAUGGUAACCUGGAGUUGCGUCAUUUUGCAUCCUAAAGCUCUUCAUCCUUCUUAUCGCAGAAACAAACCAAACCCUAAAGGAGAUUGUUGGAUCGGACGUUUUACAUGGCGUCAUUCUGAGUUUAAAUUUCUCCUGAUGGGGGAGGCCACUUUUGACUUCCUUAUUUGAUAAAAAAGAGCCUCAGUCUCCAAUAUAGCACUGGCUGGACAAAAAAAAACGAAAGAUUUUAGGAAAUUGUGACAAAUAUUAAGAUUUGAUAUUUUAUUGGUUAAAAUAAAAAAAUAUAUAUAGCAGAUUAUUACUACCAGUACUGUUAUUACUUCCUAUUUAUUUAAAUUCACAAUCCAACAUGGGUGUUUUUGCAUUUGUACCUCUUUCACUUUUUCACAUUCUGUCAUGUAGUGAACACAAAGUUCAGCAUAUCCUUUCUUUUGAUUCAAGAAAAGAGAAAAUGAUGCAUGAUUCCCAGGAUUUCCCCUCUAGAACAAAGUGGUUUUCAUUUGUGACUCUAGACUUUAUAGAUGCACCCACCUUACCGCAGUAAAGGUGGGUUGUUAAAGACAAAAUCCCCUAAACGCUUAGAGCAUCUACUGUGUGUGGAAAGAAAAAAUGGAAACAGUAUGGGUUAAAUGAAGGUUUAGGUUGUGACUCCAGCUGGGAGUUAAACGAGUUCAUCAUGAAACCUCAGAAUGUGCCUUUUAACAUUUACCCAGUCAGACAGCUUAUCUUUUAAAAAUUUGGCCAUUAAAAAGCCCCAUAAAUUAAUCUUUGUGAAAGGAGAAAAAAGGCUUUUUAUUUUUUCACUAAGAGCCUCAUAGUUUCUACCCCAGCAGCAGAACUCUCUAAUAACUGUAGAUAAGCUGGAUUAAAAUACAAGGAGGUAUUAAAAAAGGAUUGGUUUCUCUAACGAGCUCCUGAUGCUCAUAUCUGACCCCCAAUUAUAAGACUGGGUGUCUCUCUGUCAUAGGGGAUGACCUCUAACCCCUCUACUGAUUCCAGAUUAGAUUUAGGUCUACUCGGGUAUGGCUGAAACAAUUAAUCGUGAUUAAUCGAUUAUUGAAAUAAUCGUCAACUAAUUUAGUAAUCUAUUAAUCAUUAAUAUAGAGAGUAAAGAGACUCUAAAACAUGCCUUAGUGGACAGCGACCCACUUAGAGCAGUAAUUAUACCAAAAUUGUAAAAAAAAAAAAAAAACACAAUAUGUGCUAUCCAGAACUCCUCAAGUGGAAACAUUUUAGUUUCAUCUGAUUUAAUUUAGCAAAAAAUCCUUAGGGAACCUUUUUCCAACAGAUUAUUAAUCAAUCAAUCAAAAAAAAAAAAAAAAAAUCAACAGAUUAAUUGAUUUGCAAAAUAAUCAUUAGUUGCAGCCCUAUACUCAGGUCUUUGAAAUUCUAAUAUGCUUCAGGUUAGAUUUAAAGGGAUGUUUACACACACAGGUGGACAUUCUGGAGGCAAAUACUGGUUUAAAUCUAUGCAUCUAGGAUCAGGAGUUACUGUCUUUUAGAAAAUAUUAAUGCUUUGAAGCUUGUGGUUCAAUUAAAAAGUUAAAGAGGUACGUUUAUUUUUGCAAAGCACUGUGUGAGGUUUAAUUGCUAAGUGAUUAUUACAUAUAUUUUUACUUUACUAAACACUGCCCCACCCCCCACCAAACAUUUUAUUCAAAUGUAAACUGAGUUUGGUUUCAGUGUUCAGUUUCAGGUUACUUUUGUGGUUUUUUUUCUCCCAAAACUUGGACCUGAAGGGUCCAUGUUUGCUGUACAUACAGUCUCUGCGUUGUCCAUUGUAAGAUAAUAGAUGUCCUGUUUAGUCUUCUUGUAAAAUAUAGUGUUAUAUUUUCUAUAAGAAGGUAAGGAGGGGGAUGCUGCUGCCAGUGAUGUGUUCAGAUCCACCUGCUUUCCGCAGUUUUCUUUUGAGAGUUUGUUGUGGA